UGAGUUCUUACUUUGCUAUCAUCCAAAGACUUUUCAUCACAGUUACAUACUUUCUAAUUUAUGAAAAAACAGCAUUUGGAAAACAAAUGUUUUAUUUUUAUUUUUUUAAAGAUUUAAAAAAUAAAUCAACUAGGGACUAGGAAUCAACAACUGUGAGUUAAACUGUGUUGAAAUACGAAAGGGUUGUGAAAGAUUAGUGACAAAGAAGAACAAAAGUCUAAACCUGUUUAUUCCUGUCUAUUUCCCACAGAAAGAAUGAGCAAUAAAUGGUACCUCAUAUAAAUUAAUAAAUAAGAAGGCCUUUCUUUUUAACCAAGGGGGUAGAUGUCUACCUUUGUUUGCUUUACUAAUUAGGUGAGCUCUUUUGAUUAUUAUUAUUAAUUAUAUUUUUGGUUCAUAUCUCUAAUUUCUUUAUAUAAUGGGAAUUGCUAAACUUGACUAGUCUACUGUAUACUUAUAAAUCAGUCAAAAUUCAUUUACUUUUCAGUAGCAAGAAUUACCUCCGUGACUCCGGACUCUUAUUAUAAGCCUACCCUAUAAUAAAGAAUGUUAAUCUAUUCCUAUUAAAGUGUUACUUUGAGAAAAGGAAUUCUCUCCCACAAGAUCAGUACUCAUUUACUUGAAAUACAUUAUUUUUUAUAAGAACAAACAUUUAGUGAGUACUCUGGCAAGUGAAUUAAACGAAGGAUGACAUAUCGGCUAGUUUUCUUUAUCACAACCGCCAGUGCCAUCAUCAUCAUCAUCUAAUGUUUUCUGAGCACCUACUAUGUGCUGGACUUUUCUUAUUCAUCAGCAAAGACAUUUCUUAUACUUCCAUGUUAUUUGGUUGAAAUCUGAGUCUUAAGAAAGCCAAGUUUAAAAUAUUAAUUGAGUUUUGCUGGAACCCAGCAUAUAAUACAUGCUGAAUAAAUGUUUGUUAAAUCAUGAGAGAAUGAUGAAUAUAUUAAUGUUGAUAACAAUAAUAGUAAUGACAAUAAUGGCCAACAUUUUGGUAUACUCAUGCUUCAUAUAUGUCAUCUCACUUAUCCGUGAAAACAAUGUAUUGUUAGGUCCUAUUGUUAUCAUUCCUGUUUUACAUAUGCAGACACUGAAACUCAGAGAGGUUAUUUGUUUUCCCCAAAUCACACAGUUGACAAUAAAGGCCUGGGAUUUGAACCCCAAAUUUAUCGGACUUCAAAGUUUAUAUCCUUGAUAAAAAUAGAGAACCCAUGAAUUUGGGUGACAGCCAUCCUUUACAAAGACAUAUCAAGCUGCUUCUUUGCUCAAUAUAUUUAAAAAUAGAACAGAAUCUUUCCUUUCAGUGUUGGUUGGCACGGAGGUAGAGUUAGCUGGUGAGCCGAGACGGCUGUAGGUUCUGCCGAUGGCUGAGAUUUUGUAAUACCUCUGGAGAUUAAGUGGGUUUUAGAAGAAUGCUUAAGGUAGUAGAGUUUGGACUGGGGAGACAGAACAAGGUGGAGGGAACACUGAAGGUUGUGGUUAGUUCUACUUUCCCAGGCUUCUCAGCCGGGUCUUAGAAAGUUCAUGUGAGGACUUGGCCAGUUAGAACUGGUAAAUUGAACAUUCCUCACUCAGUACACUUGUCAAGUUACAGGCCCAUUCUAAGUCAUGCUGCAUUAAAUAAACAGUGCUUUAAAAAAUGUCCAUCUCCAUAGACCUCUUAUCUAAAAAUCACCUAUUUCAUAUCAGGUGAAUGCCAUGCAUUUUGUAGAGGCUAGAGAAUAACUUAGCGGUAGGGGAGAUGGCAUAGGAGUCAAUGCCUCUCUGGUGGGCUACUUUAAAAAAAUACAACUUUCUCCAUAACUUUUAUGUCCCUAUAUUUUGUGUUGUGGUAUUUGUGAGAGGUACUUUGCAUUUAUACCUUCAGGAGACUUGGUUCAGCAUCUAGUUAAUUAUCUACAUGUAGGUGCUUAAUAUAUGCCAUGCCACCCUUUUUGUCUCCCUGUAUCAUAUUCUAUGCUAAUAAAAUUAUUUUCAGCACUCUAAAACAGAAGUUCAUUUAAUUUAAUCUCUCAUUAGGUCAUUUUAAACCAAUGAUUCUCAACCAAAGGCGAUUUUGGUCCCCGCCCCACACCCCAAUUCACGGGACAUUUGACAAUGUCUGGAGGCAUGUUUGGUUGUUAUCACUGGGGACAAGGGGAUGCUACGAGCAUUUAUUGAGUAGAGACUAGAGACAAGGGAUGCUGCUAAACAUCCAACAGCAUACACGACAGCUCCCACCACAAAACAUGAUUCAGCCUCCAGUGAAAAAAGCACUGUAGUUGAAAAACCCUGCUUUUAAAUAAAGUCACAGGCUUCCCCUUUAUAAAUUACUAAUGAUUAAUUGGUCAGAUUUCUGAGAGAAGACAUAGUAAGCUACUGGAUAUAAAGAAUGAGAAGUCAUAUAACGAUAUCGGGAUGCCUGGGGCUCCAGGACUAAUAUGUCAGGUAUUCUCUUAGUGUCAGAGGGCAAAAGUGACUGUUUAGGUAAGUUCCCAUAACAGUUUUCUCUGAUGUCACAAAGCCCAUUCUUUAUCGAGGCAAAGGGUAAAGUCAUAUGUGGCAAUGCCCUUACCAAGAGCAGCAGCUUCAGGAGUAUUUGCAUGGCAUGAGGACACCUCCACUCUUUGCCCUCUAGUGUUAAACUCAGGCAUCUUUUCUAUAAUGCGAAAGGAAAGUGUGUUUUCAGCACAGGUGACAUUCUAAAAUUGGGUCUUCCCUGUGAAGAAGGUUCAUAUGAAACCAGAUAAUUCUUUCAUGGCCACAGGUUUGUGUUGCUUCUACCAAAGCAGCAUUUCAGGGAAGUGCCUUCCCAGGGCCGGCCACUCACAGUGGACUUUUCACCUGCACUCACCUUCUUCCAAUUUGCAAAGCCCUGCCUCAUCACAUUUGAGAAGGCCUUGUACUUGAGCAAGUUAAACAGUCACGGGCUCUGCUGUCUCUGAUCUGACAAUAACAAGCAUUAUCUACUUUGGAUUCCCAGAAUAAAAUCAGGCACUGAGUAGUUAAAUGCUUUUCCCUGACUCAAGUAGCACGUCAAUGACACCACUGGAAACUGGCCAUCGACUGAAUUCUCAUCAAAGCAGAAAGUGGGAUUUAGGGAUAUAUAAUAGAGUGGCAGAGUCUUAAAAUGUUGAGAGUAAAUUAUGUAUCUCUUCUUUUUGUUUCUUCCAUAUGUUUGAAUCUAAGUUUAAUUUUUAUUUAACAUCACAAACUUAAUAAUGAUAAAAAAUGAAGCUGAAUGUCACAAUUUGAGAAAGGGAAUUCUGGGUGUUGGCAGAGGGGUAGCAACAUGCAAUGGCACAUGUUGGUUGAGUAACUGGACACGCAAACAAUGUUCUCUGCUUACGCAACCUGUGUUUGGAUGUGUAAAUGCAGGUGACCAGGUACGAUUCAGAAGCCACUUUAAAAAACAAAGCAAAAGGCUCAGAGGUAACAGCCUCCAGUGAAUCUGAUCCAUGUGUAAGGAAAACAGGAUGCGUCCCUGGACCGGCUGGUAGCAAGAUUUAUGUUUCAGAAUAUUGCAACAUAACUUCCUUCCCUCUGUUGCCUUUGUGCAUUGUUUGAAGGAGGAGAAUAAAGGACUACUUUUACAGCACAGCAGUCUGUAAAGAUGGAUGGCAUGGGGUUAGUUUAAAUAGCAUAUUGGCCUUUCUGGGUCACUGUGGGCAACCUUGUCCCUGGUUUAUUUUAACACCUGCUUUAAUGCCUCCAUGAUACAACUGAAUGGGCAUCUUUCAUUCAUUCGUCUGUUACUUCUGAAUGAAGCUACUUGGGGUUCGUUAGAAUGAUGGCAAGUGAGAAUGCAGUCGUCUCUAGGUCAUUACUUGUAAUACGUUCUGAGGCCUGCCUUUGCUGAUGGGGAGAGAAGGACUCUCACAGCUGUAGCCAGCGUUCAUGUUUGGUCAUUGCUGGAACUCUCAGGAAGCCUGAAACUGUGAACUUUGUAGCAGAAAAGGAAGAUAGAUGAAGAGAAUGAGGCAAACUUGCUAGCAGUCCUCACAGAGACACUAGACAGUCUCCCUGUGGAUGAAGACGGAUUGCCCUCAUUUGAUGCGCUGACAGAUGGAGACGUGACCACUGACAAUGAGGCUAGUCCUUCCUCCAUGCCUGACGGCACCCCUCCACCCCAGGAGGCAGAAGAGCCGUCUCUACUUAAGAAGCUCUUACUGGCACCAGCCAACACUCAGCUAAGUUAUAAUGAAUGCAGUGGUCUCAGUACCCAGAACCAUGCAAAUCACAAUCACAGGAUCAGAACAAACCCUGCAAUUGUUAAGACUGAGAAUUCAUGGAGCAAUAAAGCGAAGAGUAUUUGUCAACAGCAAAAGCCACAAAGACGUCCCUGCUCGGAGCUUCUCAAAUAUCUGACCACAAACGAUGACCCUCCUCACACCAAACCCACAGAGAACAGAAACAGCAGCAGAGACAAAUGCAUCUCCAAAAAGAAGUCCCACACACAAUCGCAGUCACAACAUUUACAAGCCAAACCAACAACUUUAUCUCUUCCUCUGACCCCAGAGUCACCAAAUGACCCCAAGGGUUCCCCAUUUGAGAACAAGACUAUUGAACGCACCUUAAGUGUGGAACUCUCUGGAACUGCAGGCCUAACUCCACCCACCACUCCUCCUCAUAAAGCCAACCAAGAUAACCCUUUUAGGGCUUCUCCAAAGCUGAAGUCCUCUUGCAAGACUGUGGUGCCACCACCAUCGAAGAAGCCCAGGUACAGUGAGUCUUCUGGUACACAAGGCAAUAACUCCACCAAGAAAGGGCCGGAGCAAUCCGAGUUGUAUGCACAACUCAGCAAGUCCUCAGUCCUCACUGGUGGACACGAGGAAAGGAAGACCAAGCGGCCCAGUCUGCGGCUGUUUGGUGACCAUGACUAUUGCCAGUCAAUUAAUUCCAAAACGGAAAUACUCAUUAAUAUAUCACAGGAGCUCCAAGACUCUAGACAACUAGAAAAUAAAGAUGUCUCCUCUGAUUGGCAGGGGCAGAUUUGUUCUUCCACAGAUUCAGACCAGUGCUACCUGAGAGAGACUUUGGAGGCAAGCAAGCAGGUCUCUCCUUGCAGCACAAGAAAACAGCUCCAAGACCAGGAAAUCCGAGCCGAGCUGAACAAGCACUUCGGUCAUCCCAGUCAAGCUGUUUUUGACGACGAAGCAGACAAGACCAGUGAACUGAGGGACAGUGAUUUCAGUAAUGAACAAUUCUCCAAACUACCUAUGUUUAUAAAUUCAGGACUAGCCAUGGAUGGCCUGUUUGAUGACAGCGAAGAUGAAAGUGAUAAACUGAGCUACCCUUGGGAUGGCACGCAAUCCUAUUCAUUGUUCAAUGUGUCUCCUUCUUGUUCUUCUUUUAACUCUCCAUGUAGAGAUUCCGUGUCACCACCCAAAUCCUUAUUUUCUCAAAGACCCCAAAGGAUGCGCUCUCGUUCAAGGUCCUUUUCUCGACACAGGUCGUGUUCCCGAUCACCAUAUUCCAGGUCAAGAUCAAGGUCUCCAGGCAGUAGAUCCUCUUCAAGAUCCUGCUAUUACUAUGAGUCAAGCCACUACAGACACCGCACGCACCGAAAUUCUCCCUUGUAUGUGAGAUCACGUUCGAGAUCGCCCUACAGCCGUCGGCCCAGGUAUGACAGCUACGAGGAAUAUCAGCACGAGAGGCUGAAGAGGGAAGAAUAUCGCAGAGAGUAUGAGAAGCGAGAGUCUGAGAGGGCCAAGCAAAGGGAGAGGCAGAGGCAGAAGGCAAUUGAAGAGCGCCGUGUGAUUUAUGUCGGUAAAAUCAGACCUGACACAACACGGACAGAACUGAGGGACCGUUUUGAAGUUUUUGGUGAAAUUGAGGAGUGCACAGUAAAUCUGCGGGAUGAUGGAGACAGCUAUGGUUUCAUUACCUACCGUUAUACCUGUGAUGCUUUUGCUGCUCUUGAAAAUGGAUACACUUUGCGCAGGUCAAACGAAACUGACUUUGAGCUGUACUUUUGUGGACGCAAGCAAUUUUUCAAGUCUAACUAUGCAGACCUAGAUUCAAACUCAGAUGACUUUGACCCUGCUUCCACCAAGAGCAAGUAUGACUCUCUGGAUUUUGAUAGUUUACUGAAAGAAGCUCAGAGAAGCUUGCGCAGGUAACAUGUUCCCUAGCUGAGGAUGACAGAGGGAUGGCGAAUACCUCAUGGGACAGCGCGUCCUUCCCUAAAGACUAUUGCAAGUCAUACUUAGGAAUUUCUCCUACUUUACACUCUCUGUACAAAAACAAAACAAAACAACAACAAUACAACAAGAACAACAACAACAAUAACAACAAUGGUUUACAUGAACACAGCUGCUGAAGAGGCAAGAGACAGAAUGAUAUCCAGUAAGCACAUGUUUAUUCAUGGGUGUCAGCUUUGCUUUUCCUGGAGUCUCUUGGUGAUAGAGUGUGCGUGUGUGCAUGUAUGUGUGUGUAUGUAUGUGUGUGGUGUGUGUGCUUGGUUUAGGGGAAGUAUGUGUGGGUACAUGUGAGGACUGGGGGCACCUGACCAGAAUGCGCAAGGGCAAACCAUUUCAAAUGGCAGCAGUUCCAUGAAGACACACUUAAAACCUAGAACUUCAAAAUGUUCGUAUUCUAUUCAAAAGGAAAAAAAAAAAAUAUAUAUAUAUAUAUAUAUAUAAAUUAAAAAGGAAAGAAAACUAACAACCAACCAACCAACCAACCAACCACAAACCACCCUAAAAUGACAGCCGCUGAUGUCUGGGCAUCAGCCUUUGUACUCUGUUUUUUUAAGAAAGUGCAGAAUCAACUUGAAGCAAGCUUUCUCUCAUAACGUAAUGAUUAUAUGACAAUCCUGAAGAAACCACAGGUUCCAUAGAACUAAUAUCCUGUCUCUCUCUCUCUCUCUCUCUCUUUUUUUUUUCUUUUUCCUUUUGCCAUGGAAUCUGGGUGGGAGAGGAUACUGCGGGCACCAGAAUGCUAAAGUUUCCUAACAUUUUGAAGUUUCUGUAGUUCAUCCUUAAUCCUGACACCCAUGUAAAUGUCCAAAAUGUUGAUCUUCCACUGCAAAUUUCAAAAGCCUUGUCAAUGGUCAAGCGUGCAGCUUGUUCAGCGGUUCUUUCUGAGGAGCGGACACCGGGUUACAUUACUAAUGAGAGUUGGGUAGAACUCUCUGAGAUGUGUUCAGAUAGUGUAAUUGCUACAUUCUCUGAUGUAGUUAAGUAUUUACAGAUGUUAAAUGGAGUAUUUUUAUUUUAUGUAUAUACUAUACAACAAUGUUCUUUUUUGUUACAGCUAUGCACUGUAAAUGCAGCCUUCUUUUCAAAACUGCUAAAUUUUUCUUAAUCAAGAAUAUUCAAAUGUAAUUAUGAGGUGAAACAAUUAUUGUACACUAACAUAUUUAGAAGCUGAACUUACUGCUUAUAUAUAUUUGAUUGUAAAAACAAAAAGACAGUGUGUGUGUCUGUUGAGUGCAACAAGAGCAAAAUGAUGCUUUCCGCACAUCCAUCCCUUAGGUGAGCUUCAAUCUAAGCAUCUUGUCAAGAAAUAUCCUAGUCCCCUAAAGGUAUUAACCACUUCUGCGAUAUUUUUCCACAUUUUCUUGUCGCUUGUUUUUCUUUGAAGUUUUAUACACUGGAUUUGUUAGGGGAAUGAAAUUUUCUCAUCUAAAAUUUUUCUAGAAGAUAUCAUGAUUUUAUGUAAAGUCUCUCAAUGGGUAACCAUUAAGAAAUGUUUUUAUUUUCUCUAUCAACAGUAGUUUUGAAACUAGAAGUCAAAAAUCUUUUUAAAAUGCUGUUUUGUUUUAAUUUUUGUGAUUUUAAUUUGAUACAAAAUGCUGAGGUAAUAAUUAUAGUAUGAUUUUUACAAUAAUUAAUGUGUGUCUGAAGACUAUCUUUGAAGCCAGUAUUUCUUUCCCUUGGCAGAGUAUGACGAUGGUAUUUAUCUGUAUUUUUUACAGUUAUGCAUCCUGUAUAAAUACUGAUAUUUCAUUCCUUUGUUUACUAAAGAGACAUAUUUAUCAGUUGCAGAUAGCCUAUUUAUUAUAAAUUAUGAGAUGAUGAAAAUAAUAAAGCCAGUGGAAAUUUUCUACCUAGGAUGCAUGACAAUUGUCAGGUUGGAGUGUAAGUGCUUCAUUUGGGAAAUUCAGCUUUUGCAGAAGCAGUGUUUCUACUUGCACUAGCAUGGCCUCUGACGUGACCAUGGUGUUGUUCUUGAUGACAUUGCUUCUGCUAAAUUCAAUAAAAACUUCAGAAAAACCUCCAUUUUGAGCAUCAGGAUUUCAUCUGAGUGUGGAGUCCCUGGAAUGGAAUUCAGUAACAUUUGGAGUGUGUAUUCAAGUUUCUAAAUUGAGAUUCGAUUACUGUUUGGCUGACAUGACUUUUCUGGAAGACAUGAUACACCUACUACUCAAUUGUUCUUUUCCUUUCUCUCGCCCAACACGAUCUUAUAAGAUGGAUUUCACCCCCAGGCCAAUGCAGCUAAUUUUGAUAGCUGCAUUCAUUUAUCACCAGCAUAUUGUGUUCUGAGUGAAUCCACUGUUUGUCCUGUCGGAUGCUUGCUUGAUUUUUUGGCUUCUUAUUUCUAAGUAGAUAGAAAGCAAUAAAAAUACUAUGAAAUGAAAGAACUUGUUCACAGGUUCUGCGUUACAACAGUAACACAUCUUUAAUCCGCCUAAUUCUUGUUGUUCUGUAGGUUAAAUGCAGGUAUUUUAACUCUGUGUGAACGCCAAACUAAAGUUUACAGUCUUUCUUUCUGAAUUUUGAGUAUCUUCUGUUGUAGAAUAAUAAUAAAAAGACUAUUAAGAGCAAUAAAUUAUUUUUAAGAAAUCGAGAUUUAGUAAAUCCUAUUAUGUGUUCAAGGACCACAUGUGUUCUCUAUUUUGCCUUUAAAUUUUUGUGAUCCAAUUUUAAAUACAUUCUCCUUUUUGCCCUGGAUUGUUGACAUGAGUGGAAUACUUGGUUUCUUUUCUUACUUAUCAAAAGACAGCACUACAGAUAUCAUAUUGAGGAUUAAUUUAUCCCCCCUACCCCCAGCCUGACAAAUAUUGUUACCAUGAAGAUAGUUUUCCUCAAUGGACUUCAAAUUGCAUCUAGAAUUAGUGGAGCUUUUGUAUCUUCUGCAGACACUGUGGGUAGCCCAUCAAAAUGUAAGCUGUGCUCUCUCAUUUUUAUUUUUAUUUUUUUGGGAGAGAAUAUUUCAAAUGAACACGUGCACCCCAUCAUCACUGGAGGCAAACUUCAGCAUAGAUCUGUAGGAUUUUUAGAAGACCGUGGGCCAUUGCCUUCAUGCCGUGGUAAGUACCACUUCUACAAUUUUGGUAACCGAACUGGUGCUUUAGUAAUGUGGAUUUUUUUCUUUUUUAAAAGAGAUGUAGCAGAAUAAUUCUUCCAGUGCAACAAAAUCAAUUUUUUGCUAAACGACUCCGAGAACAACAGUUGGGCUGUCAACAUUCAAAGCAGCAGAGAGGGAACUUUGCACUAUUGGGGUAUGAUGUUUGGGUCAGUUGAUAAAAGGAAACCUUUUCAUGCCUUUAGAUGUGAGCUUCCAGUAGGUAAUGAUUAUGUGUCCUUUCUUGAUGGCUGUAAUGAGAACUUCAAUCACUGUAGUCUAAGACCUGAUCUAUAGAUGACCUAGAAUAGCCAUGUACUAUAAUGUGAUGAUUCUAAAUUUGUACCUAUGUGACAGACAUUUUCAAUAAUGUGAACUGCUGAUUUGAUGGAGCUACUUUAAGAUUUGUAGGUGAAAGUGUAAUACUGUUGGUUGAACUAUGCUGAAGAGGGAAAGUGAGCGAUUAGUUGAGCCCUUGCCGGGCCUUUUUUCCACCUGCCAAUUCUACAUGUAUUGUUGUGGUUUUAUUCAUUGUAUGAAAAUUCCUGUGAUUUUUUUUUUAAAUGUGCAGUACACAUCAGCCUCACUGAGCUAAUAAAGGGAAACGAAUGUUUCAAAUCUA